UAUAUCACCUGAUGCUCUUUUAGGGCACUAUAUUUCCCAGAGUUCCUUGAGAGGAGCCCUCUUCCUUAAACUAGUGCAACACUGUAGAACUGGCAUUUGGGAUAAAGGUAAAAAGUGGCAUGGAGGGCCAGGAACUGCAAUGGUUCUUGAGGAAAACUCAGCUCAUCAACUGUUGAAAUAUACCCAUAAAUCCAAUCUUUCCACAGUAGAUAUUCCCCCUAGUCCUGGUGACCUGAGCGUUGCAGCUGAGCAGAUGAAAAAUACCACUAAGUCACCCUGUCACCUGGGCGUGGCUGCAUUACAUGACCACAAUGCAUACUGCAUGCCAGAGGAGGCAACUGCCCUGAAGAGCCUUGUGAGGGAAUUACAGGACAUGGUGCACUGCCAGAGUGAGUGCCUCCUGAGGCUCCAGGGGGCAGUAGAAGCCAGCCAGAGAGAAUGUGGGGAACUAAAGGAGAAAGCAUAUGUUGAGAACUGGAUUCUCCUCCCUAACCUGAGAGAACGCUUCUCGCAGCUCAAGGAAGAGAACCAAAACCUGCACUGGGAACGGGACCAGUUGGAGGCCGCGGGGCAGCGCUUGUGGAAGGAGCUGGAUGCGAGUGGUGCUACAGUUCUCUCACUGAGCAGGCAGCUGAGGGGACAACACGAGGCUGAAGCACACCACGGGGCCUUCUCGCUCGAGAGUGUCCAGGGUAAUGCCAAGUGGCUGAGGUUCUACACAGGCGUUGACAAGUAUCCCCGCCUCACUGCCUUUUUGGACUUCCUUCUUGAUGGCAAUGGGGAGGAGAGAAGCCCAGAAAGCGGCCCUCACAGUGCCCUCAGCCCUAACAACCAGCUCUUCUUGGUGCUCGUCCGGCUGCGCUUGGGCCUGCUUCUUCAAGACUUGGCCUUCCGGUUCCACAUCUCCGAAUCGACGGCAUCCCGCUACUGGGUUAGUUGGACGGAGCUCAUGGAACGGAAGUUAAGACAAAUUCGUCACCUGCAGCCAGCGCUAUGUAGAGGCUUUCAAGCCACAGAGGUCACUCCGACAUCAUGACGUGGCAUUGGUGGCUUUGGAUUGUGCAGAGCUUUUUUUUGAAGCUGGGAGACAGGUAAGAGGCAAAUGAGAUGUCCCUCAAGUUCCCAGGGCUCGCUACUCAGUACAUGGCUAUGCUCUGGCUGCCCCCAGUGGCUUCCUGACAUUUGGCGCAGGAACAGGCGAAGAACUGCCCCCAUUCCUGCAGGCUGGACCUGUGGAGCUGACAGCUCAGGAGGAUGCAGCGAAGAGACAAGUGCUGAGCUUACGGAGCCUGACGGACAAGGCUUUCCGCUUCCACUUCCUGCCUAUUGUGCACCCCCAGAACAUGGAGGACCAAGUGGGCAGAGCGUGGACCAUUUCCUGCUACCUAGCUUGCCUGCUGCAUGACCCCAUGGGGCUAGCGUAGGGCAACAAGUCCUCCAUCCCCAAAAGGUUUUGUCUUGAAAUACAAUGUCACGUUCAUCAAGCCCUGUCACUGCACUGCCAUUUUUUCACUGGGACCUAUUUGGUGGGUUAGGAUCCCUGCUCUAGAAUAAGUGCACCUUUAGAACGCUUGUGUUUGUGUUUCCCUUAACCACAAUGGAUAGUAACCUGAAAACCCAUCCAAAGCAACAGGUACUCCUGGCUAAACAACCCCAACCCAACAUUUAGCAAUACUUUUAUCUCAAAAAGCCUCCCUAAAUAGCUUUCUUAAAUUCUAUUUGGGUAAUCGAUAAGCAUUGAAAAUGUAAUGGACUGCCUUGAAGUCGAUUCUGACUUAUGGCGACCCUAUGAACAGGGUUUUCAAUGGUAAGUGGUAUUCAGAGGUGGUUUACCAUUGCCUUCCUCUGAGGCUGAGAGGCAGUGACUGGCCCAGUGAGCUUCAUGGCUAUGUGGGGAUUCGAACCCUGGUCUCCCAGGUCGUAGUCCAGCACCUUAACCACUAUGGCACACUGUCUCUCCUAUAAGCAUUAGAAGGGGUGAAUUUUCCAACUUCAUUCCCAGAUCUCGGGAGGCCUAGCUUUUUUCUACCAUACCCUAUUUACACCUUCAAAUAAAGCAGUGUUGCAGGGUCCCUUUUGUGUAUCUGUAAAUGUUAUUUGUACCCUCACACCAUUUUAGAAGUUUUGCAGGCACCUCCUUUUCAAUGGGUAACAAAAACCUUCCCUUUGUUUUUACUCCUAACUUCUUCAGGUGGUCCACUGAAAUUUAGCUCCUAAUUUUGUCACCAGGAUACAUCUCCCUACACACUUGCCAGAGCUCCUGCCACUGUUUCUCCUUAGGAAAACCUCUCUCAGACAUUUUCUUUUAUGCCCUGAAAUGCACUGCAUUUCCAAAAUACUUCUCAUAUAUCAUCACUGGAAUAGCCUAAAUUCACUAUCCCACCCUCACUCUUGUAUUUGAAGGAAACAUAAAAUAUUACUGGAACAUCUUACCCAUGUAUGUUCAGUAAAGAUUGUGGGAAGACUCAAAGCAGAAUUUGCUUUUGGGGCAAGGGGAUCUAAGAAAGCCUGGAAUUCAUGCAAACCAGUCUUCGUUGGAACUACAUGCCUUUAUGAUGUCUUCCUACUACUUGACUGUCUAAUAAUGGAUUGGAUGUGAUGGAUUGGAUGAAGGAGAACAAAUAGAAAUUAAAUCCAGACAAGUCAGAAAUGCUCUACGUCAGUCGUGGGACAAAUCUGGAAAUAGGGAAUCUACCUGUAUUGGACAGGGUUACACUCCCCCUAAAGACGCAGGUUCCCGGGUGCUUCUGGACUCAGCCUUGAACCUGGAAGCCCAGGUCUCUGCAGUGUCCAGGAGCGCUUUUGCCCAGCUAAGACUGGUUAGCCAACUGCGCCCGUUUCUAGAGACGUCCGAUCUGACGAGGGUAACGCAUGCCCUAGUUACAUCCCGGCUUGAUUACUGCAACGCACUCUACGUGGGGCUGCCAUUGAAGACAGUUCGGAAACUUAAACUGGUUCAACGAGCAGCAGUGAGAAUGCUGACCGGGGCCGCCCUUCGAGCACAUACUACCCCUCUGUUACAGCAACUCCAUUGGCUGCCGCUGUGUUUCCGGACUCAAUUCAAAGUGCUGGUGUUAACCUUUAAAGCCCUACACGGCUUGGGCCCUGCCUAUUUGUCCGACCGGUUGUCUUGUUAUGAACCCUCCCGUGCAUUGAGGUCCUCUGAGGAUAUGCUUCUUGUGAUUCCUUCAGCCUCACAAGCUCAUUUAUCAAGAACUAGAGAUAGGGCGUUCUCUGUCAUCGCUCCCAGACUCUGGAAUGCUUUACCAGUAGAGGUACGGUUGGCCCCUUCGCUUUUGGCAUUCUGCCGCCAGGUUAAGACACUCCUUUUCCAGACGGCGUUUAAACUAAACGCAGAAUAGGAAUUUUAACAAAUUACGAUAGUAGCAUAAAUUUUUUGUAUGUUUUUUAACUUGUUGAUUGUAUGUAUUGGGUGUAUUGUAUAGUUUUUAUUCUAUUGCUGCUGUCCGCCGCUCUGAGUUUCUGGUUAAAAUAGAGCAGGCUAGAAAUAUUUUAAAAUAAAUAAAUAAAUA